ACCCAAGCAAAGCGGCCGCGGCCGGCGACGACCUCUCCCCCUCCUCCUCCUCGUGAGCUCCGAGGUCGCCGACGCCUCCCGCCCAUGGCGACCCACGAGCCGCUCUCCCUGGCGCUCGUCCUCGUCGUCGCCGUCCUGGCCCUCGCCGGCGCCGCCCGAGGGUUCUACCUCCCCGGCGUCGCCCCCCGCGACUUCCGCAAGAAGGACCAGCUCGCGGUGAAGGUGAACCAGCUGAGCUCCAUCAAGACGCAGCUGCCCUACUCCUACUACUCCCUCCCCUUCUGCCGCCCGGGCACCAUCGUCGACAGCGCCGAGAACCUCGGCGAGGUCCUCCGCGGCGACCGCAUCGAGAACUCCCUCUACGUGUUCGAGAUGAGGGAGCCGAGGCUGUGCCUGAUCGUCUGCCGGACCGUGCUGAGCCAUGAGGGUGCCAAGGAUUUCGAGGAGAAGAUCGACGACGAGUACCGCAUAAACAUGAUUCUUGACAACCUUCCUCUGGUCGUCCCGAUCAAGAGGAUGGAUGAUCACGAGGCGCCUACGGUUUAUCAGCACGGCGUCCAUGUCGGCGUCAAGGGCCAGUACUCCGGGAGCAAUGAGGAGAAACACUUCAUCCACAACCACUUCUCGUUCCUGGUGAAGUAUCACAGGGAUGAGAACACGGAUCUUGCCAGGAUCGUGGCGUUUGAGGUCAAACCAUUCAGCGUCAAGCAUGAAUAUGAUGGUGAUUGGAAGGACAGCGAGACCCGGCUCAAGACCUGCGAUCCGCACUCGCGACGCCUCGUCGUGGACUCCGAUUCGCCUCAAGAAGUGGAGGCCGGCAAGGAGAUCAUCUUCAGCUACGAUGUCAACUUCGAGGAGAGUGACAUCAAGUGGGCGUCGCGCUGGGACAGCUACCUGCUGAUGACGGACGAUCAGAUCCACUGGUUCUCCAUCGUGAACUCGCUGAUGAUCGUGCUGUUCUUGUCGGGGAUGCUGGCCAUGAUCAUGCUGAGGACGCUGUACAGGGACAUCUCCAAGUACAACCAGCUGGAGAGCCAGGAGGAGGCGCAGGAGGAGACCGGGUGGAAGCUGGUGCACGGCGACGUGUUCCGGCCGCCGGCGCGCGCCGACCUGCUGUGCGUGUACGUGGGCACGGGGGUGCAGUUCUUCGGGAUGCUGCUGGUGACGCUGCUCUUCGCCAUCCUGGGGCUCCUGUCGCCGUCGAAUAGGGGCGGGCUCAUGACGGCGAUGCUGCUCGUGUGGGCGUUCAUGGGCGUGCUCGCCGGGUACGCGGCGGCGCGGCUGCACAGGGCGUUCCGGGGCACGGAGUGGAAGAAGGUGACGCUGAGGACGGCGCUGAUGUUCCCCGGCGCGGCGUUCGCGGUGUUCUUCGUGCUGAACGCGCUCAUAUGGGGGGAGAGGUCGUCCGGCGCCGUGCCCUUCACCACCAUGACCGCGCUGGUGCUGCUCUGGUUCGGCAUCUCCGUGCCGCUGGUGUUCGCGGGGAGCUACCUCGGGUUCAAGCAGCCGGCGAUGGAGGACCCCGUGCGGACGAACAAGAUCCCGCGGCCGAUCCCGGAGCAGCCGUGGUACAUGAACCCGGCCGUGUCGGUGCUCAUCGGCGGGAUCCUCCCCUUCGGCGCCGUGUUCAUCGAGCUCUUCUUCAUCCUCACCUCCAUCUGGCUCCACCAGUUCUACUACAUCUUCGGCUUCCUCUUCCUCGUCUUCGCCAUCCUCGUCGUCACCUGCGCCGAGAUCGCCGUCGUGCUCUGCUACUUCCAGCUCUGCGGCGAGGACUACGAGUGGUGGUGGAGGUCCUACCUCACCGCCGGCUCGUCGGCGCUCUACCUCUUCCUCUACGCCGCCUUCUACUUCUUCACCAAGCUCGACAUCACCAAGGUCGUCUCCGGCGUGCUCUACUUCGGCUACAUGCUCAUCGCCUCCUACGCCUUCUUCGUCCUCACCGGCACCAUCGGCUUCUUCGCCUGCUUCUGCUUCACUCGCCUCAUCUACUCCUCCGUCAAGAUCGACUAGACCCCUAAUUACCUUGCUCUUGUUUUCAGACAAUAUCAGAGUUAAUUAGCUUUCGACAAUCUAAUUAAUUACCCUGCCUGCUUCUUCACAGUUUAGUUAAAAGUUCCAGUAACUUUUGAUGUGUAAUCUUACUACAUACUUACAUUAAUCACACACAGCUUUCUGAUAGUUAUCAGAAGAUGUAACCGCAAGCAUUUGUAUUGGAUUAGUUCCCAUCAUCUUUGGCACAUAGUAGCUGGGAUUGCAAGGGUAUAAAGAAAUGAUUUAACUGUAAAGAUGAAAUUUUGUUUAAAAAAUCAAAUCGAGGA